UACACUGAAGAUAUGAAAAAUGGUUGGAAUUGGCGUAUAGUUCAAAAAGUGUCUCAUAGGCAUGUGUAUGAUGUUUCUGAGAUGGAAUCAGAUGAUAGCACAGAUCCGGUAGAUGAUGAUGAUCCAUUCCAACUAGAUGAAGGCAUCGACAUAGCUCUAGUUGAAUCGGAUGAUGGAGACAUCCAACUUUUAAGUUUGCCGGAUGAGGCCCCGAUUACUCUAAGCCAAGUCCAGAUUUUACAUAUGGAAAACUUGCUCCAAAGAGACAAUCUAAUCCCACCAGCAUUGGACUUGGAUGUAAGUGGAGAUUCUGAAGAGGAGAUGGAGGAGGAAGAGGAGGAGGAAGACGAGGAUGAUGAGGGGAAUGAGGCAGAGGAUGACAUGGAAGAGGACGAGGACGAGGAAGGGAAGGAGGCAGAGGAUGACAUGGAAGAUGAUAACUAAGUCCAGUUUUGAAAUAUAUAAGUCACAUUUCU